ACUAUCUUGACUUGGCCCCUUCUGUAUCGCCACCCCUUUAUCGGACACAUUCUGCCCUCCUGUGAAGAUCCGGGGCGAGGGAGUCCUUCAGACUGGAAAAUGGCUGACACCCAAUCGAUUGAGAACUGGGUGCUCCAGGUUGCCCCCGCAGGAUCGCCACGAAAGCCCCAGGAUGGCAUUGAACGGGACGAUGGCAUGCUACCCGCGAGUACACCAAGCAGCCGAGUCUCGGUGACUGGAAGCGAGCGGACUGAGAGCUCGGCCACCGAUAAGCAAGCCAAUUCUUGCCACGAGACCCCCCUGUGCGUGCUCGAGGAAUACGGCGUCUACCGUGUGGGUGUGCCGACCAAGACAACAAAUGCCCUUUCGCCCACGGAUGCUAUGAAGGAUCUGAAGGACAGGAUAUUGGCCGCCGACCAGACAGCAAUGGAUCGACCGCAGGCGACGCUCAGUCAAUACUACGCCAGCGCGGCAAGAAUAGGAUAUUGGAUGGACCAGACUGUUGGGAAAGGGUCAACCAAGCCCCAGGUCGACGCACUGACCGCUGUGCUCAGCGGCUGUCCUGAUACCUGUGGCGUGGAUAUCUUCAAUGUUGAGGGCCUCCCAAUAUCUCCACAGUAUCGUCUAGUUUCCCCAUCCCGCGAGCCGCUCCACCUCUGCCCCGAUGCUGUGAUAAGCGUCCCGACAGGCGACAGAGCCAAUCGCGUGAAUAAAUUCUUUACAGCGACCAAGCAUCGAUACAGCCUCUGUCCGCUGCCACGCCUUGAAUACAUGAGCGCUCUCCUCUUACAUGCUAUCCAGUUUAGGAUGUUCUCUGAGGAUCCGAUCGGCCCGAUCCGUCAAUGCCUCGGCUAUAUCGGCGCAAGCCUCCGGAUGUUCGCAGAGCUCGCGGAAAAGGCAGGGAUCGAUCUGACACAGGACCCGAUUCCGGCCUGUGUGGCCAUGGAGUAUCGUUUCUGCAUGUGGCACUUUACCGUGGUAGCACUCCACGAGGAUAAGUCCCACGGCAAAGUCAUCCUGUUCGAAGAGAUUCCCCGCGUGGACCUGAACCCCCGGCGGCCCGACGACCUCUGCUCUCUGACCGAGGUCUUCAAAGCGAUUGCCAUCCAUGCCAACGAAGUCUGGUGGAGCUGGGUAGAGAGACUUAUGGAUAACUUGGACCAGGGGCGUCCUACAGAGGGGCAGGCGUAGGUCCACACGGAGAAUCCCCUCGGGUAGUAGAGCAAUGUUUUCUUGGGGUAUUUAGCUUUUAUUUCUCCCUUCCCCGCGGACCAUAAUCUCAGUAUAUCUGGGAGCAUGUAGCAUAGGGAGGACCAGACCUGUCCGAUCCCCAGCCCAGGAAGAAACGCAAGACUAAAUCCCUCUGCCGUGUCCGCCUCCCAGAACUUAUUCCAGCGGCAGUCACGGCGCUCC